AUGAAUCCCCCACCCGUUCGAUCAGAUGCCAAGUCGCGCAUCGCCGCUGCAGCCGCAGCCGCUGCUGCCAGUGUGACCCCUGGCCAGCGCGACCGCGCAAUCCAGCAGGCGGUUUUGGCGGUUCAAAGCGAUCGUGCUGCCGCUGUGGUGGACGCCGCAGCAGCGGCGGGUGACAGUGAGGGCGGCACUGCUCGCGCAGUCGGCGGGGCGGACGCAGCGGCGGCGCCUCCACGCGGCGGCAGCAGCAGUGCUGGCGUAGGGGCAGCGCCGGCGCCGUACGAGCCGCCAGAGUGGGGCGGCCCGCCGGAGGGGUUCGACUACCGCGUCGAGGUGCUGAAAAACGGCCAGCAGCUUGAGGAGCGGCCGGUGGGGGGCGGCGGCGGCAGCGGGCACCACACCUUUGGGCGCAGCCCCGCAGCCGAUUUUGUGUUGGAGCACCCCUCCGCGUCCAGGCUGCAUGCUGUGUUGCAGUUCAACGCCUCCAGCGGGGAGGCGUUCCUCUUCGACUGCGGCUCGACCCACGGCACCUUCCUCAACCGGCAGCGGCUCAAGCCUGGGGCGCACGUCCCGCUCAGGGUCGGCGACACUUUCCGCUUUGGCCAGAGCAGCCGAAUGUACCUCCUGGCCGGCCCCGCGAGCCUGAUGCCCGAGGAGGGCCUCAGCCGCCAGCAACGCCGCCAGCUGGCGGCCUUGGAAGCCGCUCAGAAGGCGCGCGACAGGGACGAGGAGAAGGCGAAGCAGCAGAUGGCGGCGGCGAUCGGCGGCGGCGGCGGCGGCGAGGUGUCGUGGGGAAUGGGGGACGAGGAUGAUGGGGCAACCGCGGUGGAGGGGGGUGAGGUCGACUGGCGGAAGUGGCUGGCAAAGAAUGCGCCGACGGAGAAGCAGCAGAAGCUCCUGGACCGCAUCAGGAAGCGGGAGUGGAAGGUGUCAAACCUCAGGGCUGAGAACGACAAGAUCAAGGCCAAGGAGGCCCAGGAGGGCGGGCUCACGCCAGGCCAGGCCGCGACGCUGGUGCGCAACGAGCGCGCGAUGGACGCGCUGACGUCAGAGCUGGAGGACCUGGAGGAGGAGAUGGGGGACAGCGUCACCGCGGCCGUCAAGGGCCGCGCGGCAGCAAAGGCCGGCGCAGAGGACAAGGCAAAGGCUCAAAAGCGCAAGCGGCGGGCGGACAACGACGAUGAGUACGCAAACGCCUCCAGUGACGACGACGACUUUUAUGACCGGACAAAGGCCGGCGGCGGCGGGGGCAAGGGCAAGCCGGGCGGCGCGGGCGCCAAGCGGGCAGCGGUCGGGGCCAAGGGCGCCAAGGAGGAGGCGGCGGCGGUUGAGACGGCCGAGAGCCUCCACAACAAGAGGUGGGCACAGGGGGAGGCGGGGGAAAGGGGCUGGGCUGGGGCCGCACCGGAGCUCUGA